UACCUCCCAGAAUCGUUAAUCUCAAGUUUUAGCCACCGCUAAUCUCUCUGCUCUUCUUCUUCCCCUGACUGAGUUGUUUUGAUAAUUCGAACGACGAUCCAAUUUCUCGAGAGAUCUGAUUUACCAGUUUCAUCUUUAAUCUUCUCAAGGACAUGGCGAAGUUGGAACCAGUUUAUGCUGAUUGUCUCAUGGAUUCUCGGAAGAGGAAAGGCUGUAAUGGAGUGCCCUUACCAUAUUUGAUUCGACCUCGUAGGGUUCUGCCUCCUUUUGAUACGUUUGCCUUCUACAACGAAUACUCAUCUGAUGAUGAAGGUGACUCUUCAAUGGAGGAGGCUGACAAAGGUCAUUCAGAUGAAGAAUAUGUUAUUGUGGACAAUGUUGUUGAAGCUUUGCCCAAUGUUAAAAUAGAAAAAGCAGCAGUUCUUCAAAUGAUGGAACUCUGUAAAGAUGCAGUUGAUGGUGAUGGGUCUGAAUCCGAAGAUGCGGGAUACAAAAGUGACAAAAGUGAUAGUUGGGUGGUUGUGUAAGUAGGAGGUGCAAUCAUAAGUGCAUGCUCUGAGUUCUUGGUUUUAGGACAGUGGAAUUUAGUUUUACUUCUGUCUUUCUGAGACAUUUUUUGUUACAACUUUUAUUAGCAGUACAUAUGAUAAAGAUGGUUUUCGAUUGAUUAUGAACUGUUUUAUCCUCUCUUUGUUUCAUUCAGCAAGAAAAGAACGUAUAUUCACAAGAGUUAUCGGUCUAGAUAAAAAAAAAAAA